GGGAUAUCCGCAUUUGCCUAGCAACUGGAUGCGGUAGCCAUAGACACCACAAACGCCAGAGUCAACAAAAACAACUGGAUUUUGACUUUGUACAACCGCUAUUGUUGUUGUUUUUGUGCGUCGUUUCGAUCGCAGCACUUAGCCUCGUUCUAAGUGGUUUUGUCGAGUAUUGUUAUGCCCUAAAUCGUGGCAGUGUUGACGAGAAUUCUCUGUUUAUUGCGGCGUUUGUCACGCAAGAUGGCGAUAUUUCAUUAGUUGAACUAGUUACAUUUGAGCUCAUGUCGCUGGUUUAGCACUGUUUUGACAGUGAAAGUGCAUCCGUGACCCACGUUUUUCUUCUACUUCCUCGUUAGACAAUCCUUGAGGAGCCAUGGAUUACCCCAGGGUCAAUAUUCUUUAGCUACGCCGCCAGCCGGCUGGAGAUGGCUUCGACGCAGUCCUUCGACCUGGCGGUCGGGGCCGCGGCGGGCGGCGCUGGCGGUGCUGGCGGCGACGCGGUGCGGGAUGACGACUCGCCGCCCCUGUCGCUGCGGGCCACCGCGCCCCGCACGCGCGUGUCGCACAUCACGCUGCACGCGCUUCAGCAGAAUGGCAGCGGCGACGGCAGCAGCUCGGGCGAGUCCUGCGACGGCACCGUGACGACCGCCGUGGUGGUGGGCCAGGUCGGCCAGGUCGGCCCCGGCGACGACGACGAGACUGGGGACGCGCACGUGCUCACGCCGUCGGCCAUCGUCGGGCCGCACCACUACAUCACCGUCGCUGAGGAGGAUGGUUCGCGUUCUUACGCGCCCCUCACACCUCUAAGCACCGUUGUGGCUGAUAGUGAUGGAGUUGGUGUGAGUGUUGGGUCAGAUUCAUCUCAGACCCAAGGUAUUCAGCCCACUUUUGUUCAGUAUGUUGAAGGAACAGGAGACCAGAUCUACACUAGUAAUGGACAAAUGGCUUAUCCAUUGUAUGUCGGAGAAUAUCAGUCUACAUCAGGACAAUAUUAUACUGGUUCUACUACACCUGUUACUUACUCUCAGGUGCAUCAGGCCACAAACUCUAUUGGACAAACCAAUGUAGGAUCAAGUCACAUUCUUACUCAGAAUGCUUCUAGUGGCACCUACAUUAUCCAAUCAUCUGUGGAAGCAGAUACGUCCCACAACAUACUCAGCGGAAGCCGAUCUAGUCCUCAAACUGUUGCCGCUCAGGAUGGCGGAGGUGUUUCCUACAUAAACAACAACUCGCCGCUAGAUGAGGAUGGCCAACCUAGUCUCCUUUCACACGCUACGCGAGUCUCCCCUGCCACUGUUCAGUGGCUGUUGGAAAACUAUGAGACUGCUGAAGGUGUUUCGUUACCUCGCUCAACACUUUACUAUCACUAUCUUCGUCACUGUAAUGACCACAAGCUUGACCCAGUGAAUGCUGCUUCCUUUGGAAAGUUAAUCAGAUCUGUGUUUCUGGGCUUGCGUACGAGAAGACUAGGCACUAGGGGGAAUUCAAAGUAUCAUUACUAUGGUAUCCGUGUAAAGCCUGGAUCAGACCUGACAAAUGUAUCUGAUGAUGGGUCGCCAGUUGCUCCUCGAUCUCAAGGUACCAAAAGAUCAAAGGCCCCCCAACGUUCAGAAAAUAGUGCGAGUUCUGAUAAUUCAAAUCCACCUCCUGCACAGCAACAUCAGAACAACCAUCAGCAAUACAUUGGAGAUAGUAGUCAGGCCAUGCCUGACUUUCCUCAAAUCGAGUUUCCUUCUCAUUCUUUAUUACCUGAAGAUUGUACCUUUGAAGAUGUUGAUACUUUCCGUAGCAUUUAUAGGGAGCAUUGUGAGGCUUUCUUAGAUGCAAUCGUCAACUUAGAAUUUAUGACAGUUGAAAGCCUAUGGCGGGAGUUUUGGCGCAGUCAGGAUAACAACAAUGGUGAUGAAUGUGAAGAAGAAAAGUACUUGUCAAAAACCAAACUGUUCCUUCUCUGCAACUGCACUCCUAUACAAAAUUUUGUGCGCACUGUAGAUUUUGCCUUUUACCAAAAACUGGUUGAGGUCCUCAUUCCUGAUGUUCUUCGUCCCAUACCAACUGCUUUGACCCAAGCUAUUCGGAACUUCUCGAAAGGCCUUGAAGCCUGGUUGACUGUUGCCAUGGUGGGUUGUCCUGAUGAAAUGAAAAAUAUCAAACUUGGUGCAGCUGGAGCCUUUGCUCAAACACUUCGGAGGUAUACUUCACUAAACCAUCUUGCCCAGGCAGCUCGAGCUGUUCUUCAAAACAGUGCACAAAUCAAUCAAAUGUUAACUGAUUUAAAUCGUGUUGACUUUCACAACGUUCAAGAGCAGGCAUCUUGGGUUUGUCAGUGUGAUAGUCUAAUUGUCCAGCAAUUAGAAACAGACUUCAAAAUGACACUUCAACAACAGAAUUCGCUUGAACAAUGGGCAGAGUGGUUACAGGGAGUUGUAGAUCAGGUUCUUAAACCAUAUGAAGGGAAACCUAACUUUUCAACUGCUGCCAGACAAUUUCUUUUGAAGUGGUCUUUUUACAAUUCGAUGGUGAUAAGAGAUUUGACAUUACGCAGUGCUGCUAGUUUCGGAUCAUUCCAUUUGAUUCGUUUAUUGUAUGAUGAAUAUAUGUUCUAUUUGGUAGAACAUAGAGUGGCCAAAGCCCUAGGGGAAACUCCAAUCGCUGUUAUAGGAGAGAAAGGGACUGAGACUGAAUUCCUACAAAAUGGUAAUGGCAGCUCGGAUUCAACCAAUUCUUCAUCUGUGGAUCAAAUUUCCGUUAGCACAUCUGGUGUUGUACAACUUAACCCCAGCAAACGUUUAAAGCUUGAAAGCUAGCAUCUUGUUUUGCUUUUUAUCUCUAUUUAGGUGAUAAAUUCAGUAUUUAAAUUUUCACUGCAAUUUCAGUGUUUUGGUUAUCAAAGGUUUGAAGUGAUCGCUGUUACUGGUUCAAACUGGGUACACAAAGUGAGUGUUUGUGUGUGCGCGCGCGCUUGUGUGUGUGAGUGUGAAGCUAAGACCUUAAUGUCCUUUGGUGUCUUUAGUGGUUGUGUAGUGAUAUUUACUCCAAUGUUUUCCUUACUGUGGCAUUUCUAAAAUUAAGCUCCUCCUACUAAUGAACAAUCAUAUGCUGGGACUGGGACUGAGCUCAGUUUCCACAGACAUCAGCCCUCAAACCUACAAUUUCAGUAAGUGUUAUUAACAGAAUUCUACCAUUUAAACUUUCCAUAUUUCAAAAUGUUGAGGGAGACUUGUUUAAGAUCUUGUAAAGUGAUUGUUCUGAUGCUUUUUUGCUCUUUUUUUAUUCCUUGGGUUAUGCUUUGUGCAUUUAUUAUCGUUCAUUUUUGAUUUAUUAUCAGUAUACACGAUCUUUGAAGCCUUUACAUGUGAAUUCCUUCCAUAGCUAAGUAACAUGUGAUAUAUUUUUGACUGGAAUUUCAAGGGAUUAAUUGUAUAUUAUUUUGGAGAAUGUGAGUAGCUGGCUUGUUUAUUCUAAAACAAAAACAACAACAAAAUUUACACAAUUUUUGUUUUGAUAUAAAUUGGAGUAAUUAUUGUCUAGUAUGACUGUUAAAUAUCUAGUAAGAAAUUAAAGAAGCUUCUAAAUUUAUAGCCUGUUAAGAAAUAAAGCUUGCUCAUAUUUAAAUGUUCUCUACCAAGCUUUUAUAGUAUUUGUGUUGUUAUGCAGAGUCAAUUGUGACUGAAUUCCUGGUUUGAGCGUGGUAUGGUUGACUCUGUCAAAAGCUUUACUUAAGGAUCUGUUUGCUGUAAAUAAGGGGUGCAAAUAUCUGGUAUCCUCAGGCACAUCAAUUUUAUUUUGGUUUUGCCCUUAACCAUUAAAAUUAAUGGGAGGUAUCUCCUUCCAUUUUUUAAAAGUCUCAUCUAGCUUUCAGGGGAAAAUCCCUUUUCUUUCUUAUAAAAUAUGAAUUUUGCUUUGUGAUACUAGACAAACUAAAUUAAAACUUUAUUUUACUACAGUUUGUAAAGGUGUUAAUCUGUGGCUUGCUUUUGGGGGACAGUUAACUCAAGUUUUGCUAGUAGUUUGAAUUUUAUGUGAAGAGGAUGCAUUGCUCAAUCAAGACUGUUUCGAGUCUUCAGGUUUAGUUUUUGGGAACAAAAAACAGAAGGAAAGUUCAUGUUAUUUCUUAGAACUUCUAAGAUCUUCCCUUUUUCCUGUCUGUUUUGUGCUGUUCACCUUUAUCUCUAUUCCUUUGUUGUCUUGAUGUGCAUCUGUUGAGUAGUUGUGAAAAAUGUUUUGAAUGUUUUUUGAAUGUUUCAUUUAAGAUGUGGUUUUGUGGACCCUAAGUGAGUUUUAGCUAAAGCCUGAGUUUUAACAACAAUUUGUCCAUUCAGUAGUUAUUUAUUUAAUCUGUGAUUGAAAUGUAUAUGUAAGUGUGCCCAAUACCAAAUGAAUUUCUAUUGCAUAAUGAUGUUCUGUACUAACUACUGAAGCAAAAAAUUCUCAAAUUGUUAACAAUGUUCUUGCAUGAGCUUAUGCAUGAUGUCAUCAAAUUGCGGAAGUUGUGUAAAGAAAGGGCUCAUCCCCUCACUAUAUCAAUUGGAUAAGUUGCCUACGGGUUUAUUUAUCUGCGGUGGUGUCCUUUUGUCUUUCCAAAUUUGUUUUGAUUCCAGGAAAUUAUCUUCAUACCUAUUUAAAGAAAAAAAUUCUUGCACUUCAACAAUUACAGUUGGAAGGCAUAGAGAUAUGUAUAGUCUUUUGGUGCCAUGGAACAAAACACUGAUUGUCUUUUGACUACUCCCAGUGUAACUCUAGAAGAAGUGUUGUUUGCAACUGGUCUUUCUUUUUCUUUGUAUGGUUAUAUACCAAUUAUUUUGUGUCUUGACCAGUGAUUAUUGCAAGCUGCUAUAAAUUUCUCAGUGGAUAAAAGUGUCAAAUGUAUCUCAAAGUUUUGUUUUUGUGUUUAUUAACUUGUCAGUUUUCUUUUAUUUGUGAGAUUUUUAUUAUUAUUUUGAACACUUAUUUUCAUGAUGAAAAUGUGAGCUUUUGAGACUUAACGAUAAAAAGAGCUUGCCAUGUGUGCUUACCUAUCUAUCGGCAUUUAUGCUGUCAGACAUGGCUUCGUUUAAUGUAAUGCAUGGCCUUAUGAGGAGAAGAUUGUUAUAGCUAGUCAAAUGUGCGUUGCAACUUCAUAAUGUAAAGAUCAAUUUUGUGUGAUUUCCUGUGCAUUUAUGUGACUUAAUGAAAUAUGCUUGUAACAGAAUAUAUGACGAGUAGAAAAACGA